AUGCAUAAUGGUGAAGUCUAUAGGUACCAGAUAGAUGAUGAAGUCCAUGCGAAAUGGCGUGACCUAGCGACCAAACAAGUGGUGAAGGCCGCUGCAAGGUCAGCUGUUGUACUGCAUGGAAUUGCUGUACAUGCACGAUACUACCACCCUGAGAUCGUUGGUAGCAUAUCUAGAUCGAAUAAGAUGCAGCGUCAUGGAGUUCGUGGCAACUGGAUGCAAGCCCUUGCUAAGAACUUCAUCAUAGCCGCUGUUAUAGUACCAUCCAUUGUGAUAUUCCUCAACUAUCCACAGUAG